GUUUUACUGUGGUGGCGUGUGAGAAUGAUACAGUAUUGAUAACUUGAGGUGAUUUCGCCAAGUGGAUGCCUGAGGACAUCACGCAACCGUGUUUUGUACCGGUAGAUUAAUUAGGGGCAAUCUAAUUACAGCAGGAAAAUGAGUGACCAGGAGGCCAGUGGUGAUGAACGGGAUGUAGAAUUAGGUGAGGGAGAAGAAACCAUUGAGGAGAGAGAGGAACCAGAUUAUGAAAUGCCUAUAUCAGCACUACCUCCCAAAGUCAUCCUGCAAGAGGAAAACCAAAAGGAGGUGUCUGCUAGUCCGGCCUUUCAAGUUCUUGAUGAUCUCUUUCAAGAAGGAAAACUGACUGGAACAAAGGUUGCUCUGUUAAAAGCAAAGUAUACAGAACUUCAUGAGACCUUAAAAAACUCAAGGAACAAUGAGACUAAUCUCUUAGAAGAGGCCAAGCUUUACACCACAGAACUAGAGAAAUUCCAAGGAGAGUUGGAGAAGGCAGAUUUAUUCCCUGAAGGUUCCAACACAGAGGUGUCCAAACUUAGGCAACAGUUGCUGAAGCACAAUAAUGAGUUGUCAGAGGCAGAGGACAGGCAAUACCAGCUUGAGUACAAAAUUGAAUGUUUACAGGAAGAAAAGCGUAUUAUAGAAAGAGAGUGCUCAAGGAUGCCAAAACAAGGAGAGAUAGAAAAGCAAAUCAAAGAGCUGCAGACAUCAUGUGAUGAUAUGAAGAAGGAAAUAGCCCAACGACAAAUAGAAGCUCGGAAUUUGCGUGAAGAUUUGGAGACGAGGCAGAGACAAUUUGGACUCGAUAAGAAAGAAUUUGAAGGGAUCACAGAAGAGCUGGAAAAAUGCAAGGCUGAACUUGUAAGCAUUAACACUUUACCUGGACAAAUUGCAAAGGAAGCUGAUAAACUGAUGAGGCAAAAAAAUGAUAAACAGAAUCAAAAAAAGAAAUUGGACAUGGAAUAUAAUGAUUAUAUGAAUCAGUUGAAACAGCUUGAAGUCCGACAAGGGGCGUUGGCUGAUGAGAAAUAUGAUAUUGAGGAUGACCUCCAUAAGCAGAAAGUGUCUCUUAAUGAGAAGGAGCAAGAGUAUAACAUGCUUAUGAAAGAAUUUGAGUACAUCAAGGAGAAAGAAGCUGUACUGAUGGGAGACAGGGCCACUCUGGAUGUCAGUCUUAGACACAUUCACAUGGAGAAAAAGUCACUCCAUGACAUCCACUCGCGCAAGAGCAGAGAAAAGGAGAAGGAUAUGAGGAACCUGAAAAAGCUGGAGUUGCAGCUUAAGAAUGCUGAAGACUCCCUCAAUCAUACCAAAUCAGUCUAUGAAAAGAUAAAAAGUCAUGUUGACAGUAUGCCUAAAGAUGAUGGGUCUUUAUUGAAGAAAAGGGAGGAACUACAGAAGGAAGUGGAACAAACCAAACGUGCUCUUGCCCAACAGAAUUCCUUGACUGCAGUGGAGCAUGUGAAGCUUGAGGCGAGUGCAGCAGAAGAGCAGAACCUUCUGUAUGAACAGAGUGACCUGAGGAUUGAGGUGGUGGAGCUGACCCGAUUGGCUGCCAUAAAGGCUGACGAAAGGGAACAGAAAGCCAGAGAUUUCAUGAGAGCAGAGAUGAGGUAUCACAGAGCUAUAGAAGACUUGAAGACAAAGCAGCUUCAGAUACAAGACCACCAGAAGAAAUUUCAAGAAAUGCAAAUAAAGUUGAAGGAAUUUGCUAAGCUGUAUGACAUCAUAAAGAAUGAGAGGAACAAAUGUGUCAACUUAAUACAAACAAGCACACAGAAAGCAGCUGAAAUGAGAGAAAAGAUCAAGAUAUUAGCAAAUGAGAUUGAAAUUUUGCGGACAGCUGUUGCCUUGAAAGACAAGCAAUUGCAAAAACAGCGAUUGAAGCAUAUGAAUGGGAUUGUGAUGCGCGACAGCCUGAGGAAUGAGGUGGCUAAGCAACAUCGACUUGAGGAGGAGAUGCGAGAGAAAAGGGAACAACAGAAAAUGGACAUUGCCAAGCUGAACCUCAUGAUCAACCAAGCUGAGGAGCAGAUGAUGAAGUUACGCAAGCGCUACGAAACGGCUGUGCAGCACAGGAACAAACGAGGCAUUGAUCUGAUUGAAAGGAAUGAAGAAGUUUGCAUAUUUUAUGAAAAAGUGAACAUUCAAGACCAGAUGGUCAGGAAUGGCAAUGUGGAGCUGGAGUCUCGUGAAGAGGAAAUCCGCUUCCUGAAGAUUCAACUUGCAGAGGAAAAGAGGUCCAUUGAUCUCCUAAGGAAGAGCAUGCCUAGUAAGAGAAACCAGGAGAAGGAGCUUGUUACUCUUCAGAUACAGCUGAGUCAAUGCCAGGACCGCAUGAUGGAGUUGGAGAAGGACUUGGAGAACCCUCUGGAGCAGAACCGUGUACGGUUCCUGGAGGGCCAGGAUAUGACCCCCGGCCAACUCCAGGCUCGUCUACAACAACUGGAAAUGAGACUUGCUGAGAAAGAAGAGCACCUGUUGGAGAAAGAUUUGGUGUUUGAGCAAGUGACUCGCAUCGCUGACAGGGUGAGGAAGAAGGCAGAGAGUGGCAAGGAUGACACACUGACACUGGCCAAAAAGGUAAAUGACCUGCAGGCCAAGAUUAAGGAGGUAACAAGGAAGAUGAUGUCCCUGGUGUCUGAGCUAUCCAUGAAUCAGGCAAACGCCCUCAAGUUGCAACAGGAGCUGAGGGAGAAAGAGGACAACCUGGAGCAAGCAUACAUUCGCAUGGAAAAGGGAGAGCCACCCUCUGAGGAAAUUGAUCGGGAAUGGAUGCGACAUAUCAGAGAUGAGGAAAAACAUCACCGAGAUUUGGAGUUCAGACUAAUGAUGGAGGGAGAAGAGGAGCAAUACCAGACCCCUGGUGGAGUGACGACGACUGCAGAACCACGACCUAAUGCUUAUAUUCCUGACGAUGAUGGGGAGCUGCCCAUCCCACGCCCUUAUGGCAAACAUGCUCCAUUCAAGCCAACCGAGGCUGGCUCUAACAUGAGGCACAUUCGCAAGCCUGUACCUAAACCUAUAGAAAUCUAGUCUGCCUGUGAGGAACCCGAGAUGACCCAACCUGUACAGGCUUUAUGACGCACCUGAGCUAGCCUCGCUUAGCUCUCUUAGCAAACUUAUGUACACAACAUUCCUCUUAAGGAGCACUUGCAUGUUAAGGAGCAUGUGUUAUGGUUUAUCCAGCAUAAUAGAAACUGCAUUAUUUGUUAUAUGGCAAAAAUUUGGCAAACUUGUCAAAGAUUUUUCUUUAAAGAGCCGUUUUGGAAAAUUGAUUACAAUUCAGGUCAAACGUGUAUGCAUGCAUUAAGUGUUAGUGCAGUUUUAUAGUGUUGGGGGAAAAAUUGUUGGCUUAUCAAUUGACGAUUAUGAUUUUGACAGUGCAAGUUCUGUGAUAUAAAAUUGUGCUUUAUGAGCAGAAAAUGCUCAACAAAUUGUCUGUUUUGUUAGUAAAGACAUGGAGGUUUAAGCUCAGACAGUGCCAGUAUUGUUCAUAUUGUCAGUAUUUAUCUACAAUCCAUGUAUCUGGGCGUAAGUGUUUAUAUUUUAGGACCAUUCUUACACCAUUGUUAGGUAAACUAUGAAUAAGAUUGCAGUGUUUACUCUCCACUGUUUUACCAAAAGCAUCUUUCAAUUCCUUGUGUGACUUAUGUGUGAUACGUCAUUUAAAGGGAAUAACAUUGUUUUUGCUGUUGUUGUCUUCAGUUUUGUUGCAUGCAUAUUUAUAUGUCUUCUUAUUGUGAUAUUUUUUAUAAACCAGAGAUACAUGAAG